AUGGAUGACCUCUACUCCCUCGACCACGACCCCACCGAGAUCAACAGCUCGCCUCUUGUAGAAACUCGUCAACCAGAAUUCCUCUCGACAACCCCGGCCGACGAAGUCGUCACUCGCCUAACAUACAGAUUUGCGCCCGUCGCAUCAAGUCUAUUAGAGUCAUCCUCAACCCCAGCCGCUCGUCCAAAUCCCGACGCAAAGCUAUGUCAAGAGCCCGACUCGCCUGUUGUGCCUCCCGCCCGGCCUAGCAGCACACCCUACCCGUUCGCCGAUACCAGGGAGACAUCAUGCUCCAACACGUUGGAAUUUGCCCUUGCCAUCGCCUCAAGUAACCUUUCUACGUCCCCGGCGGCUCACGAGCCUCGUAGCUGGAUACGACCAGCCACGCACUUCACAGAUCUUCCGACCGAGGUCCACGAAGCUAUCCUCGACCAGCUCUUUGGAGUCUGCGCGCCCAUCUCCCCGAGGUCCGGUCUGUGGUCACCCAAUGCAGCCAGAGGCCUUGGUACCCCCCUUCGAUACUCUAGAAGACGAGAAAUGACACAGCUGGCCCUUGUCAACUCUACUUGGCGGUCCCUGGUUCAGAAGCGACUUUACCGUCAUAUAAAGUUGAAAGGCACCGUCAGCUCCAUCAAACAGGCCGUUGCCCACUUUGCCGGUCGUGGACAGCAUCUUGCGCACCAUGUUAAACAUAUCGAGGUCUGGUUCCCCGUGUUUCAACCUCGCCACGGGCCUCUAGCAGUCUCCAAUACAUCCGUGCUGCCCGUGCUCCGAAGUGAUGGCCUAUCGACCGCCUGCUACGUUCUGCCAGGGGAUAAUAGCACACUGCAGGAUGUCUUUCUAUUCAUAUCCCUUUACUUGCCCCAUAGCAAGAUUCUGACACUCGAGGGUGGUGAACGCCGGAAAGCCCCCAAGGUGGUACAUGUAUACAACGCUCACGGCAAUAACCUCGACUAUGGGCCACCUUUACCUAUCAUGCGCUCCAUAACAACCUUGGUCACCAAAGGCCAGUGGAACCUCAUGCGGGAUCACUCCGACUUUUUCUCCAUUCUAGGCGCCCUUCCCAGCAUAGAGGAAUGGCAGGGCGCUUACAGCAAGCCCAAAUCAAAGAGCUACAUCACCAUUUCCCAAUUCUUGCCCCACAUGCCCGGAACUAUCAAGCACCUCAGCCUAUGUCUUGAAAAUGACUACAGGCGAGAGGCUGUUGUGCCUGCUUAUUAUGCCAAAGCUGCCCAUCAAACACACAUCUGCACGGUACUUGGAAAGAUAAUGCCAAAACUCGAACAAUUCUCCUACACUGGUCGCAUCUGUCAUAACUUUUUCCAAGUCGCCAGUCAGAGCGCUGUUGCUCCCUCCAGUCGACUCCGAUCAAUCGAUGUGACGCUCAAGAACUGCUGUCGUCAGUCCAACAUUUUCUCCGAUUCUGGCUCCGGCAUCCAGGAUAUGGGCUUCAUCGACGCCUUCGAAAAGCUCGUCAUCUCUGGUAUCAGAUCUAUGAGUCAAUUUCAGCGUGUCGAGUAUCUGAGAAUCCGAUUCGUCGACCUUGACUCAAUUCUGCCCGCAUUGAAUCCCUUCUUUUUGUUCCAGCGUGGCGAAUGCAGCGGGGUUUGGAGUGAAAAAAUCAUCAACGAAAUGGCUAGGGCUCGCCCGGGCACCAAGUUUCGCGACUUGAGCGAGACCUUUGGCAACAUCUCAUACACGAAAGAAGGACGAAUCAUCAUUUCACCCGAAUAUCCGCGCACGCGCAUCACCUCGCUCAAGCUCACCAACUAUCAAUUGUUUUCGAACCGUGCAGUCGUCGUUUGA